AUGCCCUUCUACUUUGGUUCACUCGAUGCAAGAUCCCCAUCACUUCUCCCCAAUGAAAUUAAAUUACAAAGCUCGAAUGAAUUUAUCAGUGACAAGGCUCAAUGGUUACGCACUUUGGAUCGAAUUCUUGACAUUAGGUCCGAAUUUAAAGAAUAUCUUUUACAAACGGAUUCAUCCUCUCUCCAUCAAUUAUUGGAAUGUCAUGAAUUGAAACAUGGUCUUCCAGUGAUUCAUUCUCAGAAUGACGUGAUGAAAUAUUUAUCAUCCAUUCCUUUUAUUAUGAAAUUAAAAAAGAAAGAUCCAUCGAGUGAUGGUUUUAUGAAUUUUGAUGAACGAUUUGAAGUGUUAAAAAAGAUUACAAAAAUGUUUCUAGUCACUCUGGAAGGAUUACAUGAAAUUCAUCGAUAUUUGAACAAUACCAACGAUAAUUCUGAACAACAAGAAUAUUUUAUUAAUUCCUUAUUUCACUUCCGUAUUCGAAGUGUUACUCUAUUUCCAUAUUUUCCAAAUUUCACCUCGGACAAUCAAGAGGAGUAUCUCCAAAAGGAAAUUGCGAAUGAUCCUAAAAAGGUCAUUUUGGUGGUGGAGCAUUGGGCCAUUCCACCACGAAAUGUCUCAAAUCAUAAAAUCUAUGCAAGUGGUGGUGGUACGAGUGGUGGUGACCAUUUAAAGAGAAUUCGAUUGAGUUUGUUGAAUACUCCGAUUUAUCCAAUCACGGUGAGGGAAUGGAAUGAGAAUUCGAUUGAAGUGGAACCAGGAUAUCCUCAUUACCAUCAGGAAAAACAUGGAUCUGCCACCUUCAAGAGCACCUCUUUGAUUGGACAAUUAUACGACAUGAUUAUGAGUGAAAUUCAAAACGAAACAAAUUUUGCAACUCCUCAUCCAGAAAUAAUCAUCACCGCAUUAGAUGAUCGUGAUUAUAUUUAUGUGUCAUGUCUCUAUGAAAUUAAGAAGGCUCUUUCUUGCAAGGAGAAUCCUCUCGAUACAUUCAUGCAUUUCCUUCUCACACGGUGGAAUUUGAUUCACAAAGGAAAACAUACCAUUCAAUAUGCGAGUGAAUUUUUGAACAUUUUUUGGAGAGUGUUGUGUUGGGUGGAAUUAUUUUCUUGUUGUUUCCAUUAUCAUUCAUCUAAUGGUUCGAAUGAAAAUGAUGUGAGUUGUAGUUCAACAAUGAACACUGAAAGAAUCACCAUUCGAAUCCAUGUAUUGAAUUCUUGUUUGGAAGAUUUGAGCCCACACGAUCAAGAGACUCUUCUCAACGAGUUUAUAAACUCUUCCACCACAACCUCCAAUAAGGAAAUUCGAGUCAUGACCUUAAUGGGAAUUGAUUCUGUUCCUUUGGAAUGGGAGAGAAAGAGUUCAGUAUUGGAAAGCGAUCGAUCCAAGACUCAUAUUUAUGAAAUCACUGACACCUCCUGCAUGACAUCACCCUCUACGAUGGCAUGGAUUUUGGAACAAGUGAUUGAAUCCUCAUUGAGAAUGCAAGUCGAAUUGGGUUUCCAUUUGCAUGAUUUAAUGAAAAAAUAUUUCAUGAUGAUGGAGAAGAAUCAAAGAGAAGAUUAUUACUACGAGUUCAAUCUUUCUAAAGCUCUAUUGAAGAAACUUUUAGAACAACAAGGAUUUGAAAAGGAAUUCCCAAAAACAUUCUCUCACCUUUGCACCAAAUAA